AUGGCCGCGCACGCGGCAUCGCGAACAUCUCACGCACCCUUCGCGAAGGUCGAAGGAGAAAUCUCCACUGGCGUGCGGCACACACGUGUCUCGAUCCACGGCAGCGACGACACGCGUACGGUACCGCUCGUUGCUGCCAACCUCGGGUUCCGUGGACCAGUCGCUCGAAAUCGAUCACACCUUCCUCCUCCGGCCCCUACUCGACGCUCGACCGGCGCAGCCAAGUGGGGUCGCGUUCCAGUGUCCGCGACGGCGCUCGCGCUCGGCGAUGGCGCACCCGCCCUUGCCUUCAUCGCCGUCUUUGCCGGCUCUGGCGUCGCGCGCGCCUCCGCCCGCGUUCGCUCGCGCGUCUCCCCCGCUCCGUCCGUGUGCUUCGGCCCCAUCGGUGCGGGGCUCUCGCUGCGUCUACCGUCGUCUCGUGCGCCGUGCGGAGGUACCCAGAUAUUUCUGCACAUGCGGCACUUGUUCCGCGGACGGGUCGCUCGACGUUGCCAAAUGGCUUACCAGCCCACGAUGCCCUCCCGUCCCUCCACUUCCGUCCAGCGUCCUCACAACUUCCUUGACCAGAAUUUACCGUGGUCCCCGCCCACGAUGGAGCAGAUAGCGCCUCGAGACAUGCAGGCGGCGACCCGGCUCGUGUCCCAGACUUCAAGGCCUCACAUGCACAUCCGGCCGACGAUGGCCCUGCAACGCCGCUACCUCUUCGAGGCGCAGCGCACGUUCCGGUUCGGGCGCAACCCCCACCGUCUCAAUGACGUGGUGCUCGACAAUGGCUCGCGGGCGAUCAGCCUCGUCUCUGGCGGAGACUUGCUCGAAGGUAUCACCAACGCAGACCGCGGGCUGCGGGCCGAGACGCAGCGGAUCACCUACCGGAUCUACGGAGUCCUUUCCCGCGUGCACGAUCAAGGAAUCAUUCACCGCGACCUGAAGCUCGAGAACAUUGUCCUGAAGGACCAGUACCCGCCGACUGGGGGCUGGCGAAGACGAUGGGUUCCCAGACGAUCCUCGAGGAAGGGUGUGGUCAAUGUACAGCUGGACGUGAUAGUCUUUGCCGUGUGCGUCCGUCCGAGCGCCGCGAUCGACCCAACGCCGGCCGCGCGCUGGUCAGUCCCUAUCCUCAGGCACAUGCAGGGCACCCCGUCCGACGCAGACCUACCGAGCACACCAUCAUCAUUACCAGCCAGGUGCAGUGGAUGCUUCUGUGCGAGUGGGACGUCAGCGAGCAGGCCCAUCCGCGCGCUCCUCGCGUCUUCCUCGAGCGAGCGCAUGUCGCUCGUGCUGAACCACCCUUGGCUCGCGACCUAUGCGGAGCUCGGAGGCGCGCCCCAGCCGCUCCCCGCGACCCCGCCCCGGGCCGCGUCGACGCGCUCCACGGCGGGCUCGCUCACGUCCCUCGACAACCCGAGCCCCACCCUUGCCGUGCACCCAUCGUCGCCUGAGCGCGUGGUGAUCCCGGUGCGCGACGCCCACACUGACGGGGUCAGGGACGGCCACGCGCUGUCAAGCGCGCGGUCCGCCGCGAGCGAGGGGAGCCGGCGCGGCAGGCUCCAGCGGCGUUCGAAGGCGCUGUUGCGGGUGCGCGCGGCAGGCGGGCGAGGACUUCCCGGCGCCGUCGCAGGACAUGCGUGGGCGGGCGGUGGAGGCUCUGGGCGGGGGCCGGUGGAGGAGCCCGAGCCUCACGCGAUGAAGGAGGCUACCCCAGCGCGAGAAAACGAAACACUCAAAGACGACACACCCGUCGGGAAAGCGGCGGCGUCGUGGCUGCUCAAAGUGGCGAAGCGCAAGUCACUGCCUGAGGAGAGUGACAAUGAAGGAGAUGGAGAAGUGGUGUCGCUGCUGCCGCAGACGCAGGCGCGGGAGCAGGAGGACUCUGAUCAAGGGGGGUCACCGCAUGUGGCGAAGCGGCUGGGGAUGGAGCUGUCGAUAUCUAUCGCGUAG